AUGACUGUCAUAGAAGAGAGUCGCCCUUUUGCCCAGCAGCUAUCCAAUGUCUACUUUACUAUACUUUCCCUUUUUUGUUUUAAACUUUUUGUGAAGAUCAGCCUCGCUAUACUUAGUCAUUUCUACAUUGUGAAAGGAAACCGUAAAGAAGCAGCACGGAUAGCUGCUGAAUUUUAUGGAGUUCCUCAAGGACAAGCAUCCAAGGAUACAAGGCUUAACACCUGUGAAAAUCUCAAGGGAAAAGGUUCUUGGGCAGAUCGCUCACCUCUGCAUGAGGCAGCCAGUCAAGGACGUCUCCUUUCUCUAAAGACUUUAUUGUCACAGGGGUACAAUGUAGACACACUAACAAUUGACCAAGUAACUCCACUUCAUGAAGCCUGCCUGGGAGAUCACGUGGGAUGUGCAAGAAUCCUUCUUGAAGCAGGAGCAAAUGUAAACGCUACAACAAUUGAUGGAGUGACACCUUUGUUUAAUGCAUGUUCGAGAGGCAGUGCGGCGUGUGCUGAGCUCCUCUUAGAGUAUGGUGCCAAAGCUCAGUGGGAGUCCUGUCUUCCAUCGCCAACUCAUGAAGCAGCCAGCAGAGGUCACAGCGAAUGUCUGGAGGUGCUGAUAUCCUGGGGUAUAGAUGUUGACCAAGACCUUCCUCAUUUAGGAACACCUCUGUAUGUAGCAUGUGUUUCACAGCAGAUCCAUUGCAUUCGAAAGCUUCUUUAUGCAGGUGCCAAUGUGCAGAAAGGAAAGCAUUUGGAAACUCCGCUCCAUGCUGCUGCCCAGCAUUCUAGUACAGAGAUCGUAAACUUACUCCUGGAAUUUGGGGCAGAUAUAAAUGCCAAAAAUACAGAUUUUGAGAGGCCUGUUGAUUUAGCUGCUCCAAGCAGUUUAGUGGAGAGGCUGCUGCUUCUCCAGGAAGCCACACCAUCUUCUCUUUGUCAGCUCUGCCGACUAUGUAUCCGAAGUUACAUAGGAAGAGCUAGGCUGCAUCUUGUCCCACAACUCCAGUUGCCAACAAUACUGAAGAAUUUCUUACAGUAUAGAUAACACAGUAAUUGACCGUUAGAAACUUGAAUAACAAGUACUUUUUCUUCUUUCUGUUUAUUGUAUGUUUUAUCUAAAGAACUGCUGGGCGGAAAAAAAGCCGUUUGCAUAUCACUUAAAAAAAUAUAUAUCUUUGACACGUGGUGUUGGUAAAUAAUAAUAAGCCAUUCAGCAACUGGUACCAAGGUGCUAAUAAGGCUGAAUUGAAUAAGUGCUGAUACUCUGUGAAAUGAUUGUAUAGCUUUAGCUUAACACUUACUAAAUAGCUUUAGUGCUGUUAAUUUUAAUUGUAUUUAUACUUUUAAAAUCUGUUUGACACACCUGAACCACAAAGAGUUUCUUCAUUAUUUGUUAAGUUGGUCCAUUUGGAGUCAUUAUUUUAUGUGUUUUUAAAUUUCUAUUGUUUGUGUACCUAAAAAUACUUGGUGAUAGGUGCACUGUAUACAUUAAUAAAAAUAAAACAAAUAGAUGUUAA